AUUGGUUGUGAUAUGAACCUGAGAAACGGGAAGCUGAAAAAAAAAGCUUAUUGACUAAGUGCGCGUAAGGUUCUGUGUUACAGUUCUCGUUUUCACCACCCAAACGUUACGGCUGGAAAACUGGUCGUCACUGAAAAAGCAAAAUGGGAUGCUUCUUUUCGAAGAAAUCCAAAAGAAAGUCGUCCGAAAAAGACGAUCAUACGCCUGUAUCAACAACUAACGCGGUUCCCCUUGGCAACAACACCGAUGAGGCUCCAAAGCAAUACAGCUGGGAUAAGAGAGAAAAGGUUGAUCCCAAAGACUAUAUGCUGACGGGACUCAAAGAUGUCACAGUGGGCCGACUGCCUGGCAAACUGAACGGGCAGCAGUUCGUCAUCCAAGAGUGUGAGAACUGUAACAUCUACGUGUUUGACCACUCUGCAACUAUCACCAUCGAUGACUGUGUGAAUUGCUGUAUUGUUCUCGGACCUGUCAAGGGCAGUGUGUUUUUCAGGGACUGUAAAGACAUCAAGUGUGUGGUGGCCUGUCAGCAGUUUCGCACACGGGACUGUAAAAAGAUGGAGGUAUUCUUGUGCUGCGCCACUCAGCCCAUUAUCGAGUCAUCUACGGGUAUGAAGUUUGGCUGUUUUCAGUACUACUACCCCGAGCUGGCCUUCCACUUCAAGGACGCCGGGCUCAGCAUAUUCAACAACAACUGGAGCAACAUCCACGACUUCACGCCAGUGUCUGGAGAGAACAACUGGAGCUUGUUACCAGAGGCUUCAGCAGUUCUGGAUUUUGUACCGGCCCCAGACCCUGAGUCUGAGUUCAAGUCUGUUCGAAUCUCCACUGACUCCACACGCAGCAUUGUGCCUUUGACAACGGGCGGGAGGCGUAAGGACAGUGAAGAGUCCUGUCUCUUUGUUUUCUUCGCUGGAGAGUACACCACUGCAAACGCCCGCAAGCUGAUUGAUGAGGUGACUGCUAAAGGUUUUGUGCUGAUCCAAACGAAGGAAGUCUCAAUGCGACCUGAAGAUAUGAAGAGGGUUUUUCAGAACAGUGCAGAGGAUCUCACAGAGUGGAUCACCAAAGGUCCUGUCAUUGCCCUGGAACUGAACGGUGACGGAGUGGUGGAAGCCUGCAAGAACAUUGCCCAUGAAGUGUUCAGUAGCACCAAGGUUUUUGUCUCUGAUAACAAAAAUACAUCCUCUCAAGAUGUGGACAACUUCUUCAACUUCGCUGAUAUGCAGAUGGGCCUGUGAAUGGUUAAUCAUCAAAACCAAGUAUUUUCUUCAGCCCCUGCAGUUGAUUUAAAGUAAUGUUUUAUAAUUUUCCACUUUCUGUCUUUACAGUUAGGGAGAAAUAUAAAAUAUUAAGGACUGUGUUUGAUAAAGUCUUUGUAAAGACUUGUCUGCAGACCGAAAUCUAAGAACAUUUGCUGUAAACAGCUUACCAAUCAUUAUUUGAUGAGAGUGCUGUGAAUAUUUAUAUUCCUAUGUAUUUGCUAAUUCUGUUGUUUUUCUAGACUAUGAAUGUAUGUCUGCUAUAAAUGUGAUUCAUUUUUAAUUUAAAGCUUUGUUUCCAUUACUAUCUGAAACAGUCAUCGCCAAAAAUAUUGACACCCCUGCAUUUCUGUCAGAUAACGCACAACUUCUCCCAAAAAAUCACAGAUUCUUUGGUUUUCUCGUGUUUAUUUCUUUUGUUUGCGCUGGAACAACAAAAAAGCAGAAAAAAAGCCACAUGGUCCACUCCACACACAACUCAAAAAAUGGACUGGACAGAAUUUUUGACACCUUUUCAAAAUCAUCAGGAAUAGUUGUAUUUCAAGCAUGUGAUGCUCCUUUGAUUUGUAAUGACACUCACCUGUAGCAGCCAACAGGUUCUGGCAACAUAGAAAUCAAACUUGCAGCCAGUUAAAAUGGAGAAAAGUUGACUCAACCUUUCUGUAGUGUGAACUACACUCGGCUUGGAGAAGAGAGAGAAGAGCAAAGAAUUGUCUGAGGAUUUGAGAACCACAAC